AUGUUUAGAGCUUACGUGAUCGACUUUAAGGUUAAUUGGGAUGAUCAUUUGCCUUUGAUUGAGUUUGCAUAUAAUAACAAUUACCACUCUUGUAUUCAUAUGGUUCCAUUUGAGGUGCUUUAUGGUAGAAGGUGUAGAUCUCUUAUAGGGUUGUUUGAGAUUACUGAAGUGGCAAUGAUAGGGCUUGAAUCAGUUCAUGAGAUGGAGAAAGGGGUGAUGAGAUUUGGCAAGAAAAGGAAGCUCAUUCACCGUUAUGUUGGUGCUCACCAUAUUCUGGGGCAUUUUGGUAAGGUGGCCUAUGAGUUAGAUUUGCCUGUAGAGUUAGAAUCAGUGCAUCCAGUGUUUCAUGUGUCCUUGUUGUAUAAGUGCACUGGUGAUCCAAUUUUAGUUGUGCCUUUAGAGAGUGUUGGUGUAAAGGAAAUUGUCUCUUACGAAGAGUUCCAGUUGAGAUUCUUGACCAUCAAAAUUACAAGUUCUGAAACAAAAAAGUUGCCUCAAUGA